GAAGAGAGUGUCUCUGGAACCACGAGUCUGGAAAGCAGGUUUGUGGAGACAAUGUACAAUGCUUUUUGGGAACAUCUACAUGAGCAGUUAUCAAGUACUCCUCCUGACUUCUCUUGUGCCCUUGAACUUCUGAAAAAAGUUAAGGAGAUCUUGCUAUCACUGCUAUUACCACGCCAGAAUCGUUUAAGAAAUGAGAUUGAAAAAGCUCUGGACAUGGAUCUCCUCAAACAGCAAACAGAGCGUGAAGCCCUGAAUGUUUAUCAUCUCUCCAAAUUUAUUCUCGAUUUGAUGAGCCUGCUAUGUGCACCAGUUUGAGAUGAAGCAGUGCAGAAUCUAAAGAGCAUAACAGAUCCAGUACAAUUGCUUAGGGGCAUCUUCCAUGUUCUGGGCCUGAUGAAGAUGGACAUGAUAAACUACACUAUACAGAGCCUUCAACCCUAUAUCCAGGAACAUUCGGUCCAGUAUGAACGAGCUAAAUUUCAGGAACUCCUUGAUAAACAGCCCAAUCUUCUCAAUUAUACCACAAAAUGACUAACCAAAGCAGCCAUAGACCUCACUACACCAUUUCCAAGUUCUGACUCUCCCAGCUUCUCCUCCAGCAUAGAAUAUUCAUCUCCAGAUCAGGAACCUAACAACCCAGAGCUUCCCAGUCUCACAAUGGUGCUAUACCAGGGGUACUUGAACCUCCUUCUCUGGGGUCAUGGAAAUGAAGAAUUCCCUGAGACUCUGCUGGUGGACAGGAUCCGGCUCCGGGAGAUGGAGUCCAAAUUGCACCGCUUAACUAUCCUGGCCUCAGUCUUGUUGGUGGCAAGAAGUUUCUCUGGCAGUGUUUUAUUCAGCUCACCUGAAUUUGUAGAUAAAAUAAAAUAUAUAACUAAGGCCUUAACUGAAGAAUUUAACUCCAGGCCUGAAGAGACUAUGCAGAAUGUGAGUGAACAGGUAUCUGAGGAAAUUCAUAAAGGUCUUAAGAACAUGGGCCUCACUGCUCUGAGUAGUGAAAAUACAGCAUCUCUUAUAGGCCAACUCCAGAACAUUGCCAAGAAAGGGAAUUGCAUUCGUUGCAUCAUUGAAGAGAGGAUCCAUUUGUUUCUGAAAUGCUUGGUUCGUGGCAUGCAGGAGUCUUUGCUAGACUUUCCUGGAGGCCUUAUUUUCAUUGAGGGGGAGUUGGCAGAACUGGGUUGGAAGUUUAUCACUCUGAUGCAUCACAAUCAGCAGGUAUUUAGCCCGUACUAUACUGAGAUCCUAAAUAAUGUCAUCCUUCCUGCUCAGGCACAAGAAACAGAAGUAGAGCCUAUCUAA